GUUCUCAAUUUAUAGUAAACAACGCCUUUUCUCACAUUUUCUUUAUUAAUUAUUUUUAUAGAUAUUAUAUUUGUACAAUUUAAAGCAAUUAAAACACGUUUCUUAUCGAAAACUGGAAUAUUAAGAUAAUUGACUAAUCUAACAUUUUCUUUUAUCCUCCUAUUCGGCUUUGUCUAUUUUUAAUUGAGAAAUGACAUCGCCAUCGGCAAUGCGCAAUCUUGUAUUCUAUCAUUCUUGCUCGUUUAUCUAAUAAUAUCUAAUAUAUGAUGCUUUAAUUCGUGCUAAGUUAAACCAUGCUACUUGGACACGCACAUGUAAACACAUUCUUAAAUGGAAUUACAACUUUGAACCGUGCUACUAUAAAUCGCAUUUUGUAUGUUAAACCAAAAUGAACAUCAACAUUAUAGAAAAAGCAUUUCUCUAUGGUGGAAUCAUUACAUUAUUAGGCAUAUCGAUUUUUUUACAUCGGUAGAUUAAUCGAACCGGGCGCAAGAAAAUCGAAGAAACUCGACUGUGGUAGCUUCGAUUAAUCGAUAUUCAUUGUAAUUCGAAACGGAAUCUCUAUAGUCUUGUAUAAAAGCUACAUACAAAAAUUUGAACUUUUCGCCAUAUUGAUUGAUUGAUUGGUAUGCUAUUUGCAAUUUUCGUAUAGUAAAAGUCUGCGAAAGAAAUCCAAAACUUUCUAAACGUUAGCAAACAACAAAUCGCGGUAUCGGUUAGCGUUUUCCUAAACAUAGAAUUUGCAAACUUUCGGUGUGUGCCAGAAGGCUUUAAUUUUUCAACAUUUCUAUUGUUUUUUUUUUUGCGUGUACGCAAAUAUCCACACAUAUUUGGAAUCUUCGAUACACUGUUCAACAGGUCGGUGCUCGCUCUACCAAAACACAAACCAUAUAGGAAAUAUCAAAGAAGAAAAUUUCAAUACCAGUAGCAAUGGCAACAAAUAGUACACGUCAACUACUUCCGGAUGUAAAUGGCCAUGACCUCCCUCAUUUCAUUAAGAAAGUUCUGAAUAAUAUAUGCGACUUCUACGAUGAACAGGACCUCAUAGAUGUAACAUUUAAGUUGUCUAAUCCGACCGCUAUGAUUCCAGCACACCGCUUAAUACUAUCAGCGGCAAGUCCAUAUUUUAAAGAUUUAUUCAAAAGCGACAAGGGCCUAACUCCUGUUAUCGAAGUAAAUGACAUAGACAGUGACGCCUUUGAGCGUUCAAUAACAUUUUGCUACACCGGCAAGGCACUCAUAACCAUCGAAAAUGUGGACGCAAUGCUGAAGGCAGCAAUAUAUUUGAAGUUGGAUGAAGCGGUUGUCGCUUGUGUUGACUAUAUUUUGCAGCAUAUAACUGAGUAUACACUGCAGCGGGCAUAUUGCUUAGAGCGUGAAACUCAGUGUGUAUCACUGCAAGAGAAACUCUUGGAAUAUGAAGUAAAUAAUUUCAUGGAGGUGAGUCAUAUUCAGGAUAUUCAUGGAAACGCGUAAAUGCCUGCAAACUUGUAAAUAAACUGGUUUUCCCAUAAAAGUUUACGUGGUUUACGUGGCUACGAAGCUUUUCCGCAUUUAGAAAUCGCAAUAUUGCUUUUCUUCAUGACAAGCAGAGUUACCGGGGUAGUGCACUAAAUUUUGAAUGCACUGAUUGCUCAGAGGUGCGCACUAGCACUCUGUAGGACCUGGGUCCGAUCCCUGAUGUGUACAACAUCUAAAUUAUAAAAAACUUAACAGUGGCCAUCUCUCCUCGGGCAAUGGCAAACCUCUGAGGGUAUUUCUGCCGUGAAAAAGCUUUUUAUCAAAAAACCAUUUACCGUUCGGAGGCGGCAUAUAACUGUAGGUGAGGGACCUUUGUGUGACAUCAUCAAGACGCGCACACAAACCGGAGGAGCAGCUCGGCAAAGCAGUAGCAGAUGUGUUAGAUGCAAAUAUCUAUUUUACUGACGCGUAAAAUUUAUUCACUACCAAUAAAAGCUUGAGUACUAAUUUUCUUCACUAUAAUUAUAUUUAGCGGUAGU